UCAGGACGGCAAGGUGAUCGUUUGGGACGGCUUCACAACCAACAAGGAACAUGCCGUGACAAUGCCAUGUACUUGGGUGAUGGCGUGCGCCUAUGCCCCAUCAGGAUGCGCCAUCGCUUGCGGGGGCCUCGACAACAAAUGCUCCGUCUACCCACUGACGUUCGAAAAAAACGAGAACAUGGCGGCCAAGAAGAAGUCGGUGGCCAUGCACACCAACUACCUGUCCGCUUGCAGCUUCACCAACUCCGACAUGCAGAUCUUGACGGCAAGCGGAGACGGGACGUGUGCCCUGUGGGACGUGGAGAGCGGGCAGCUGCUCCAGAGCUUCCAUGGCCACGGGGCGGACGUCUUGUGCCUGGAUUUGGCACCUUCGGAAACAGGCAACACCUUUGUGUCCGGGGGAUGUGACAAGAAAGCCAUGGUGUGGGACAUGCGGACCGGCCAGUGCAUCCAGUCCUUCGAAACCCACGAGUCGGACGUCAACAGCGUCAGGUACUACCCAAGUGGAGACGCCUUCGCCUCUGGCUCGGAUGAUGCCACUUGCCGUUUGUAUGACCUCCGAGCGGACAGAGAGGUGGCCAUUUAUUCCAAGGAGAGCAUCAUUUUUGGGGCAUCAAGCGUGGACUUCUCUCUCAGUGGCCGCUUGCUCUUUGCCGGCUACAAUGACUACACCAUCAACGUGUGGGACGUCCUGAAAGGGUCCCGGGUGUCGAUUCUGUUUGGCCACGAGAAUCGCGUCAGCACCUUGAGGGUUUCUCCCGAUGGGACCGCCUUCUGCUCCGGAUCCUGGGACCACACCCUGAGAAUCUGGGCUUAGCCUUCCGUGCAUUAAAACUGGGAUCGUGGAGGUAAACCCACCUGUGCCCACGAAAGGGAUCUUGCUGGCAGGGGUGGGGUCGAACGACCCUGAGGAAGAAUGAAUGCAACCAGGUGAUCGUCAAAAGAUCCGGCGCUUGAGUGUUUUUAUCACAUUUUUGUCUCUGUAUGAACCUGACUAGUUAGACAACAGCAUAUCUUUUUAUCAUACUGUGGGGAGGGGGGGGAGAUGUGUGUGUGGUAGAAGCAGCUGUUUUUAAUUCUGUCUUUGGAACCACCUUUUUUCUUAGGAGUAGUUUAUUAAUUCUAAAGCCAGACUUCUUUCAAAAUGUCCUGUAAAGCAAGAAUUUAAGACUCUCUGUGUGGCGUUUGCAUGCAAUUUUGUUUUUUUCCCUAGAGGCAGAGUGGCUUUAUUUGAGCUACAGAGAUGCUGCACAUGAGGAAUUUACUCGCCCAAUUUAUUAGGACCCACUGGAGUCGACCACAAAAAAGUAACGUAGGAUUUUACAGAAUGUAGGUUGGUUGCAGCAAGACAUGGGCACUGCUGGCUGCCAGGUUCAGGGAGUUGUAGUUGAAACAACUAGGUAUUCCCAAGGUCUGUGUUUUUCUAUUUCUUUGGAAAGGAAAACUAGAAGAGGAGGGCACAAAGGUUAUCUUGAUAUUUGCUUUAAUCCAGAUUUCAAAUCUUUAAUUCUGGAUUUAGAUUAUGGGAUUCCCUAGAUAAGGAAACAAAACUUUUUAAUGUUUUUUUUUUCUUUUGAGAAAGAGGUUUAAAUACUGAUGGUUCAGGAUGGGGCGGGUUUUUGUAUCUUGUUCUCAAAGAUUCCCAGCUGCAGAGGCCCUGCCGGAAGUUCAGUCUCUCGUUACUGGUGGGUGGGCACCUCUGAUCUUCCACAGCCUUUGACCAAGUCGCUCCCUGCAUGUUCUGUUCAGGGAAAAGGGCACCUAGAUUUUGCAAUGCUUGCGGCAAAUACGGGCUUAU